GUUGGAGAGAGAGAGGGAGAGAGAGAAGUUGGAUACAGACUGUGUUGUCAUGUGAGCAGGUCGCCAUGUGGAAGCGUCCAGCGAGUUUUGGCUGCCUAUCUGAGGUGAAUCCAGAUGCCAGCAGGCUGAGCCAUGCUUGGUCGCGGUCCUCGCUGUCCCCCAGCGGCCCCCCGGUCCCUCAGAUAGCCAUGAACAGCUGCAAGUACAAUGGAGGCGUGGUGAGACCGCUGAGCAGCCUGGGGGCGUCCCGGAGGAACCUGGCCGAUCUGGACUCGGAGACGCAGCCCCUGCAGACCCUCCACACCUCCGGCCUCGAGGUCGUGGUGUCCAAGGGCAACGGAGACGACCCCGGCAAGGCGUCCCGCGAGAGCCUGGUGCGCGAGGCGGGGUGCAACGCCCCACACAAGAGGAACAGGGACAUCGGCUACAAGCUCGGCCACAGGAGGGCGCUGUUCGAGAAGCGCAAGCGCCUGAGCGACUACGCCCUGAUCUUCGGGAUGUUUGGCAUCGUCGUCAUGGUAACGGAGACCGAGCUCUCCUGGGGGGUCUACACAAAGGAAUCCUCAUACUCAUUUGCACUGAAAUGCCUUAUCAGCCUUUCCACUCUAAUUCUCCUCGGUCUGAUUAUUAUGUAUCAUGCACGAGAAAUUCAGCUGUUCAUGGUGGAUAACGGAGCGGACGACUGGCGGAUAGCCAUGACCUACGAGCGGAUCCUGUUCAUCGUCCUGGAGCUGCUGGUGUGCGCCAUCCACCCCAUCCCGGGACACUACGUCUUCACGUGGACGGCGCGGCUGGCCUUCACUUACGCGCCCUCGGUGGCGGACGCGGACGUGGACAUCAUCCUGUCCAUCCCCAUGUUCCUGCGGCUCUACCUGAUCGGCCGCGUCAUGCUGCUGCACAGCAAGCUGUUCACGGACGCUUCGUCGCGCAGCAUCGGCGCCCUCAACAAGAUCAACUUCAACACGCGCUUCGUCAUGAAGACCCUGAUGACCAUCUGCCCAGGCACCGUCCUGCUGGUCUUCAGCAUCUCCUCCUGGAUCAUAGCAGCCUGGACGGUGCGCGUGUGCGAAAGAUAUCACGAUAAACAGGAGGUCACGAGUAACUUUCUGGGGGCGAUGUGGUUGAUCUCCAUAACCUUCCUGUCCAUUGGCUAUGGAGACAUGGUGCCGCACACCUACUGCGGGAAGGGGGUGUGUCUGCUGACCGGAAUCAUGGGAGCUGGCUGUACUGCCCUGGUGGUAGCAGUGGUGGCCAGGAAGCUGGAGUUGACCAAGGCGGAGAAACAUGUUCAUAACUUUAUGAUGGACACUCAACUCUGCAAAAGAGUGAAGAACACGGCUGCUAACGUACUCAGGGAAACGUGGCUCAUCUACAAACACACCAAGCUCGUGAAGAAGAUCGACCACGCCAAGGUCAGAAAACAUCAGCGCAAGUUUCUGCAAGCCAUUCACCAACUGCGCAGUGUGAAGAUGGAGCAGAGGAAGCUGAACGAUCAGGCGAACACGCUCGUCGAUCUAGCCAAGACGCAGAAUGUUAUGUAUGACCUGGUGUCGGAGCUGCAGGAGCGCAGUGAGGAGCUGGACAAGCGGAUUGGUCAGCUGGAGGAGAAACUGGACUCCAUUACCUCCAGCCUGCAGGCUCUGCCUGGCCUGCUGUCCCAAGCCAUACUGCAGCAGCAGCACCACCUGCUGGACGGGCUGAUUCAGCACGGCCUGACGCUGACGCGGCCGUCCUCGCAGGCCUCCGAGCGCUCCUGGAGUUCGUCCGUCCGCCGACGGAGGUCGCCGUCCACCGCCCCACACACGUCCUCCGACAGCGGCUAGCCCGCUCACACGCACACGUGCAUACACAUACGCUCACUCACUUCCACUCACUUCUCUGCCAUCCCUGACUAACACUGCUAAAUAAAAGACUUUUAGUACUAAAAACUUCAAAAAAACCAACGAUGACUUCGACACACUGGAAAAAAUAAACAAACUAACAAACGUAAUGAGUUAACAGUUCAUGGUAGACAUAUGGUUUACGUUUAGCCAUUGUAUGGCUGUUUAAAGUUAGCUUUUUUGUAAAGCCCUUGUAUAGUUACGGACUGGAUCCAGGGUGCUGGGGGGGAAAUCGGAAACCAUCGCCGGAGAGAAAGCGACGUUUCUCUCGCGGGAGGAAAAGAGCAGAGGACGACCGGAUGAGGAGAACGACUUCCCGACUAAAUUCAAACAAAUCCAAACGGGCUAACACAGGGGCCUUUGGGAGCUCUGAACUCGAGCUAUUAUCCACCAAAAAAACAAACGAAUGCGUGUUAGAGAUGCAGGAUACGACGGCGUAACUACGAAACACGACCUAGUCACAUCAACGGAUAUCCAAAAAUGAUAACUGUGUUACCAAACAUUGAGAAAAAACAUGUAUGUGCUCAAUGGAAAUGUUGCUGCCAGUGUAAUUUUUUGCACGAGUUUUAAUUUCAAUUCUGAGGCUGAUAGACGAGUAAUAGUUUACAAAAACGACCCCAUUUACGAAGCAUGUUUGGCGUCAAAAAUUUUAAAAAACGAACCACUGUGUGUGCAAGUUUUAUGUACCAAUGUUUUCUUUGUUUGUUUUCCUCUUUUCGGUUGCUGUUGUUAUUCCAUAGCUGCUUUGUUUGUAUGUUUGUUUGGAGAAAGAACAUUCCUCUUUUUGUCCUUUUAUUUUCUACAAAAUGAACGCAAGUGCCCAAAAUCGAAUUUUGCAUUGUAACGUUUAGAGGAUUUCGGAAGCCAGAAGCCGACGUGGUGCGGUAAACAUGGUAAACAUGGUAAACAAUGUGGUCAGUAUGGUGAACGGGUUGUUUAUUUUGGGUUGUUUAACAGAGGCCUGUGAUACAAACAAGAGACAUUUCUCGGUAAACCAUCCUCGCCUUUAAUCAGAGCUUCCAAGGGUCCUUCACAGCUGCUUCAGUUCAGGCUUUCUGCAGGACAGGCCGAAGGUUUGACCGGUGGAUUUCGGACCAGACGAAAGGAAGAACACCCCACCCCUUGCAUGUUUCAAUGCAAAUGAUGAUGGAGCUAACCUAUGGGAUGGCUUUAUGUUAAUUUUUUCCUUUCUCUUCCUUUUUUUCAUUUUUUACAAAGAUUCUUUUUUAUUAUUUACCUAGAAUUUUUAUAGCUUGUAGAGGAUCUACUAUAAUAUUACUACAGAGUGGCAGCAUAGUUGAAUUCAUGCAUUCCUAGAUCAAAGACCAAAAAAACCACCAGUAAACAAAACAAUUACAAAAAAGAAGAAGAAGAAGAGACUAAUUGCUCAUUUGGAUAUCAAUGCCAUCAUAGAUCACAUGACAAAUUAAUCGAUUAGGUUCCCAGCUCUGUAUCUGAGACUAAACUAUCAAAGAUGUGGUUGUUUUUACGGGUUUAAAGAAAAAAACGAGGAAAGAAAAAAAACGAAUAACAAACUGCCUUUACCGUGUGUCUUCGGCCUUGUUGACCAACCUGUAGCAGAUGAACUUGAUGCUGGGCUCCAAUAUAAAGAAAUAAAUCCA